CUUCCUUCCUUCCCUCUUAGCUCAUUUUGAGUGAGGAGCAAGAGGGGACACGUGCAAACAAGGAGCGGAGCACUUGGAUUCUUCCAAUCCUUUUGGAUCAUCUCACUAAAUACAGUGUACUCGGGAGCCCGGAAGACUCACCUGGGAGCAGCCUGACACGUCUAGGUGGAGAAGAUUGUGGCAGCCCCUUCCCAAGCUCAGCCCUCCCGAGAGAAAAGAAAGAGAGGGUUUUGAAAAAGCUGCAGGUUCCAGCAUGCGCGUGACCUCCUCUUUCAUCGUGGUCUCCCUGCUCCUACUUCUGCUGCUGUUCCCGUUUGUCGAAAUGAAACGACGGGGCAAAGGCCUCAAAAGAGCAAGAAACAAGCUGGCGCGGGACAGGGUGAGAGGCGCCGGCCGUCACGGCAGAUCCGACCCCCCAAGACCGGGCAACUGCACAGAAUCAUUAGAGUCCGGGCGUAUAUUUGCGGACUGCCAGGAUAGUCGCCUCACUUCCAUUCCCCGACCUCAGAUCUGGUCCAGAGCGCCCAGGUUUCUCCUCUUAGCACGUAAUAGGAUCAAAGUCCUCCGAGAUGAAGCCUUCGCCGGCUACGAGAGUCUAACCAGUCUGGACUUGCAGCAGAAUCACAUCUCGUUGGUGGAGGAGGGGGCCUUUGAGGGGUUGACUCGACUCACAACUUUGCUGCUCCAGCACAACCGUCUGACUUCGCUGAGCGAGGAAGCCCUCAUCCCCAUGCCCAACCUCCUCUACCUGCGCUUCUAUGAUAAUCCCUUGCAUUGUCAGUGUGACAUGGACAGUCUCGUACAAACCCUUCAAGUCCCAAGCAACCGGAAUCUGGGAAAUCAUGCCAGGUGUGCAGAGCCCCUCAGGUUCAAAGGCAAAAAGUUGAAGCGGCUUGACCCCGAGCUGCUUUGCAAGAAGAUAGACCCGGACGAAAGGCCGCAGGGCGACCAGACUGACCUCAAUGAUGUGUUUGAGCCAAUUCACUUUCAAAACAAACCAGAUGCCACUACAUCCUGCCACACGUAUUACUUCCCUGAAGUACGCGUGGACUGCAGUAACCGAGGUCUAACCGAGGUGCCUGCUGGUAUUCCCGAGGACGCCGUCCAAAUUGAUCUCUCCCACAAUUCCAUUCGUCAUCUCAAGGCCAAGAGUUUCCAUGGAGCAAAAAGUUUGAAAAGGCUGAACCUCAGCCACAACAACAUGGAGCGGAUCGACACAGUUUCCUUCUUCGGGCUCUUGCACCUCCAUGAGUUGGACCUGUCAGACAACAGCCUGCACUUUAUCCAGUAUAGCGUUCUUGAAGACCUCUACUUCCUGUCCAAGCUGAAGAUGGGGGGAAACCCCUGGGUGUGCGAUUACAGGAUCCACUACAUAGUGUAUUGGCUUCGACUGCACCCGAUGGUGAGGCACUCCGGCUUAGUGUGCCGCUCGCCUCCCGAAUACACGGGUGAGAGUGUGGAGGAGUACGUGCACGCCUACAACCGAGGGUGUCCCAAAGACAGGCAGCAGAGUCAGCGAGACCCAAAUGAGGAGGACGAGCUGCUUUGGAACUCUCUGGAAGAGGUGCAGGGCGAGCCGGAGGAGGAAGUGGAGCCGAGCCACUUGAGACAGCCUCAGAAGUACCAGAUUAUUAGACUGUCUUGAAGGGAAAAGGCUCUUGAUGGCUUCUGUUUAUAACUUUCCCCACUUGCUUUCCAUAUGUCAACUAGUCUGUAUCAGAUGAAGAAUCUACUUAUGUGGUGUGUAACCCCCCCCAAAAAAUGGGAAUAAGCUCAAAUCUGUUUUAAAAAAAAAAGGUAAUAAUUGACAGAUUUAUCGGGGAACUGUUCAUUUUCCAAUGGUGUAAAAUUAUUACAAUUGUCACAAUAUUGUUGCUUAAUACAAUCAAAUGUUGCAAUAAAAAACAUUUUUGGACUUAUGUGGAAAA